GUCUGUGCUGUCUCCUACGCGUCAGUCACUUCCGAGGCGAACCGGAAGUUGCUUUGUUUUGCUUCAAGAUGGCUGCUGGGAUGUAUUUGGAACAUUAUCUGGACAGCAUUGAAAACCUCCCCUUUGAGUUACAGAGGAACUUUCAGCUCAUGAGGGAUCUCGAUCAAAGAACGGAGGAUCUGAAGGCCGAGAUCGACAAGCUGGCCACCGAGUACGUGAGCAGCGCGCGCAGCCUCAGCUCCGAGGAGAAGCUGGUCCUGCUUCGGCAGAUCCAGGAAGCUUACGGCAAGUGCAAAGAGUUUGGUGAUGACAAGGUGCAACUCGCCAUGCAGACCUAUGAGAUGGUGGACAAACACAUCCGACGGCUGGACACGGACCUGGCCCGCUUCGAGGCAGAUCUGAAAGAGAAGCAGAUGGAAUCCAGUGACUACGACAGUUCUUCCAGCAAAGAAGGCAGGAGCCAAAAGGAGAAGAAGGCCGCGCGGGCUCGUUGUAAGGGCAAGAUCUCGGAUGAGGACGUCCCCAAAGCCACCCAGAAAAAGCUAAAACUCGUGCGCUCAAGUCCUGAAUAUGGGAAGCCCUCAGUGACCUUUGGCAGUGUCCACCCCUCUGAUGUGUUGGAUAUGCCCGUGGACCCCAACGAACCCACAUAUUGCCUUUGUCACCAGGUCUCCUAUGGAGAGAUGAUCGGCUGUGACAACCCGGAUUGUUCCAUUGAGUGGUUCCAUUUUGCCUGUGUGGGACUUACCACCAAACCUCGCGGGAAAUGGUUUUGCCCACGCUGCUCCCAAGAACGGAAGAAGAAAUAGAUGAAGACCAAGACCCAUUUCCACAGCCCCCCGAUCUGGACUUGGGAAGCGAGGAUCGCCUGAGCUAGCGGCCCCGGGGGAGGGGGUGCCCAGGGAAACGUGAAUGGGGGGGCUGCCGUUCCCCCCCUUCUCCUCCCCUCUCCCCCUCCCCCUUCCUGGUGCUGAGGCGGCGCCAGCCCUGGGAGACAGCCGCAGCCGACGGCGGGGCCGCGCUCAAACCAUCCUUGCCCGCCUUUGCAUCCGAGAGGUCGGUGCUGCUGUGCAGGGGGGGGGUCCUGCUCCCGCCCCUUGUGCGCGGGGCGGACUUGCAGGCACCCCCAACCCUGAGUCUACCCUCCCCCUUAUGGGGAGGGGGGCUGGUGUGAGAUUUUCUCCUCCAUUCUUUCCAAUUUUUCAUGGUGAGGGGUCCCCCAGGUCCCUGGGGCGAGGGGCGCCUCCUUCCUCUGAGCCAAAGGGGAUGGCGGAUCCCGACCCUGAAUGAAUGAGGACGGGGCAGGCGCCGUGGCCCGCCGACGGUUCACCUGUUCAGGACCUGGGUAGGUAACUGGCCUGCCGCCGCCGCCGCCGCGCAGACGCAGCCUGGCGGAUCUCGGCCGAGCGUCACCUCCGCGCCCUCCAGGGUUGGAUGGGGAGGACGGGGUGCUAAGAGGGAGCCCAGAUGAAAUCCUGGGGGUGGGGUGCCCCCGUGCUGGCCUCCACCAUUUCUGGAACUUGCUAAACUGUGCGUCUAUUCUCCAUCAAACAUUGCCCACUAAUUUUUUUUUUCCAAUAAAAUGAUGUAUUUGCGUUA